GUUUAUCGUAAUGGCUAUCACGACGAUUGCUCAGUCAUGUUUCAAUGUUUUGGUGAGGUACAUUCUGAAGGCAAACGAUUGGUAAUGUAAUAGAAGAGACAACAAAUAAACACAAUUUGAAUGUAAUACCUGCACUUUUGGGUCGUGGUAUCGGAACUUACUUUCAUGGUGCUCCAGACAUUUAUCACUUCGCAAAUGAUUUUUCUGACAAAAUAAAACCAGAUAUGACAUUUACUAUUGAACCAGCUUUAAGUCAAGGAACAACGCAGAUUGAAAUUCUGGAAGAUGGAUAGACAACUUGUACUAUUGAUAAUUUUAGGACAGCUCAAGUUGAACAUACAAUUUUAAUAACAGAUACUGGAUGCAAAGUGCUAACACUUUAAUAAGUAGAGAGCACACAAGGAUGAGACAUUGGAAGCCUUUGCAAGAAGGUGAUAUACUCAAUGUUAAUAUAACAGUUUAUCGUAAUGGCUAUCACGACGAUUGCUCAGUCAUGUUUCAAUGUUUUGGUGAGGUACAUUCUGAAGGCAAACGAUUGGUAAUAAUCACAGAAUUGUGUUUAAAGUCAGCUAUUGAAAUAUGCAAAUCAAAUGAAUAUUUCUGCAAUAUUGGUAAUGUAAUAGAAGAGACAACAAAUAAACACAAUUUGAAUGUAAUACCUGCACUUUUGGGUCGUGGUAUCGGAACUUACUUUCAUGGUGCUCCAGACAUUUAUCACUUCGCAAAUGAUUUUUCUGACAAAAUAAAACCAGAUAUGACAUUUACUAUUGAACCAGCUUUAAGUCAAGGAACAACGCAGAUUGAAAUUCUGGAAGAUGGAUAGACAACUUGUACUAUUGAUAAUUUUAGGACAGCUCAAGUUGAACAUACAAUUUUAAUAACAGAUACUGGAUGCAAAGUGCUAACACUUUAAUGUACAAUCAAUAUUAUUGCUAUUUUAUAUAAAAAGUACCUAUGAAAUAUAUUAUUUUUAGCAUACAUAAA